AUGAGGAAUUGGCUCCAUAAUCCUAGGGAUGAUAAGGAAUCCAUCCGGAUUGGUCUUUUCAUCGAGAAGAACAAGGAGGAGACCAAUCUCUCCGCGGACGAUCUAGUCAUGGCUUUCCUCUCGCGCCGGGUGCUGCCCCUUCAGCGCCACACUCAUAAAAUCUGCCAGAUGUCAGGCCGGAUGGAUCCAACCCGGAUUACUACUCAUCAGCUGAGCGCCUCUGAUUUGGUCCUUAAGGCCAGGCAGAUCUGCCAAAACGCUUUGAGGCCCAGCGGAAAAUAUGGGUUAGCUCCUUAUACCCGCAGCAACUCUCCUCCGCGCCAAAACUUCCGCCGGAUCCGUAAGGAGGAGCAAGCUUCUUACGCCCCCAACCGGCGCUUCCAGGACGAUUGCGAUCCGGACCCCUAUCUGAAGGGGAAACAUACGAUGGGCCCGACGUACACCAAGCAUCCCGAUCUGCGCCCUGCCGGCAUGAACCCCGAGGUUGUGGAGCAUGCUGUCCCGGUGUCCGCUGUGGUUGGUCAGGAGUUCCUGGACAAUCUAUCCUCCCGGGGCCACAAGAACAAAGCCCCAGCCUCUGAGGCCGGCCCCAGCGAAGAUCCCCCCCCGCCAAGCGCUCCAAGAAGGAUGGCGGCGGCAAGCCCUAUACCAGGAAGCGGUACCGGAGCCUGCUCUGAGCCUCACCAGGAGCGCAUCGGGCAUGAGGCCGGAAGCCUCCGAGGAUGCUGCCAGGACCUCUCCUCCUCCUCAAAAGUUGAAGACACCGGCGCUAGCAACAUCGGCGCCGGCACUGAAGAAGCGGAGCGGGCGGAACCUCCGGUUCCCCCGACUCCAAAGAAGAAAAAGAAGGCCGCUGCCUCCCCCUCCAAGACCGUGCCAGAACCUUCCGCGCCGGUAGCCUCACCUCCGGCUAAGGAAGCGCCGGAAGCUUCUGCGCCGACAAAGGACGCACCACCAUCUCCUCCGGCAGCUUCUACCGGCAAACCAGCUGCCGCCAAGCCAGAUCGCUCGGAAGGCGCCAAGCUUACCGCUCAGCAACUUGCUGCAGUGGUCACUGCGGUGACCUCCCCCUCUUCCGGCUCGCAGUCACUAGUGCUGCACGCCAGCCGCGCCGCUGUUGCGGCCAGUGAGAAGGCUUCAGCUCAGCUGGGCCGGAUCACUGAGCUCAACCGCGGCGAGGUCAACCUGGGCCCGCUGCUGGAGUACAUUGAGAAAUGGAAUCGGGCGGACUUGUCUCCGGCUACCCGCGGCCUGGGCAAGGACAAGCUUCCGGUCGUCGACCCUUCCGGUCCGCGGAGCACGGCGCAGCACCUGAGCCGGCUUAAGCGCGCCGUCAAGGAGUUUGACACCGCUUGGCACGAUGCCAGCGGCAAUGUGGUGUUUAUAUCAGCGCUUCCGGAAGCCUCCUUUGAGGACGUCUCCGCCCAGCUCUCUGCGCUCAAAGAUGAAAAGGAGCAGCUCGUCCUCGAGCACCGCAAGGCCCUGGACGCUCAGGAGAAUGUCUUCGCUGGGUUAAAGGACCAGCUCAUGCAAGCUGAACUCCGGCAUGCGCGGGAGCUCAAGGAGGCCCAGACUGCUGCUGAGGCCAAGCUGGAUAAGUCGCUAAGGGACUUCACCGACGCCAGCACACAACUGCGGAAGGAACUGGAGGAGGAGUCCCGUCUGCGGAAGGAGGCGCAACACCGGAACGCCACCCUCACCUCGGACCAGGCUGAGUAUGACCGGUUGGUCAUUCAGGCCGAUGCACUGGCCCUCAAGCUUUUCCUGGACUCCCAGGCUUAUGCGCACAAGAAGGUAACAGAGCGCAGGGCUGAGCAAGCUCUUAGCAAUCCGGAUGCGCCCUGGGACGCUUACGACCAUCUUGUUGCGCUGGCCGCCCGGAUCUCCCACAUGCGAGCUGUGGACCAGCAUCUGGUUGAGCUGCCGGAUAGGGCCAUGCAAAUCUUCAGGGUGCUGUGGCCUGGGGAAGCGGUUCCGGCAAACCUGACGCUCCUCUCUGAUCGCGUGAAGGACGCCGGAAGAAGGUUCCGAGAGUGGAAAUGCUCAUCGGCCCGUGCCAGAGCUGAUGCAGCGCUACGCGUUGCCUGUUCUUGGUACAAGGACCUAGACCUCGACGCCCUCCACAGCCUGCGCGACGAUGCACCUACCGACAAAGAUCCGGUCUUAACCGCCAAAUGCCAGGACCGCGCGUACCGGGUCGCUGAAUUCGCCAGCAUCAGCACCUUCAUCCCUCCUCCUGCCGACAUCAGGGACGAAGUCACUGACGACGAGGAAGAAGGUGCCAGCGACGACGAGGAUGAGGAUGCCGAAGAAGGCGAUGCCCCUCCAGAGCAAGCUCCGGAAGCGCCCGAUGCUGGCCCCCAGCCUCCUGUUGCCUGA